AUGGGUCGAACCUCCAAGUUCUCGUUCCCCUUGCCAGCUCGCACAUACAGUACAACCCCAAAGGAGAAAGAAGCUACGAACAAACCGUCUCCUUGGAGAGGGAGCACUCUGUCGAAGGCACAGCGAAUCUUGGGAGCGGAGAGCGAUCUCAAUAUCGACUCGCAACUUCGGGACGAUGAUCAGUCGUGGGUUUACCCUGGCUCGAGGUCGAGUGGCAUCAGUGGUAUGAGUAUCUGCAUUUCCGAGUCGUCACAAUCAACACGAUCGAAGGACGAUACAGCGAGUAUCUCACAAUCACACUCCGACCAAUGGGAACUCGAAUCCGGCGUGUUUCCAAGACCUCAGGGGCUGCGUGGAAAGGCAUCGUCUACUUUGCUUGGUCAGAACUAUGGCGAGGACGGCGGUGCGACGGAUACAUCCAGUAUAGGCCGGCGUAUGCACCGCGAGCAUUCAGACUCUACCCUGAGAUCCUACUAUGAUCGUCAGAAGUCCCCUCUCGCGAUAUCUCAGCAAACUUCAGCAUCUUCUGCACGGGAUUUAGCAUUACGAAAAGGUUGCCCUCCUGUAGUGACCAGAAGUCCAUUACUUCAGAUCGAAUCGGUUGAAAUACCUGAUGAACACUUGGUAUACCCGGACCACGAAGACUUCUUCCGAGACAAGUCAAAGAAGAAGCCCUCCCGAUUGGACCUGUCGAUGUUGAUACCAAGGUCGCGAAGGAAUGGAGGGGGAGAAGACUCUGGGCCACCGACGCCGUAUUCUACAAAUGGAUCCAACACGCCACAUAGCCAGGAUUCAAGUUCGUUUCGUCGGAGGCUUACAAAAGCCGCGUCCAAGGAAUCAUUGCAAUCACAAAAGCUGAGUGUUCGCUCGGGUCACACUCAAGACUCAAAGCGCCGGCACACACGCGACACCCUCUCCGAGUUAUACGACAAGUAUGAGCAUCUCACCGGCCGCUCCCAACGUAUGAGCCAGAUUCCUGAGUCCAAGGUACCUGAACCCAAGGUACCCGAGGCGAAUGUGCCCGGUCGUGAGAGGCAUACGAAGACUCCGCAGAUGGCAAUCAGCGAGUUAGAGUCUCGAUUCGACCAGUUAGAGGUAAACAGCUCGCAUCUGAGCCCUGCAGAUAGCCGUUCUUUCUCCUGGAAGAACGUACCUCCUCCAAACCUGGUCACCCCGCCCUGGGAGUUAUCAAGUGCCGCAAGUAUUUCUAGCCGCAAUACGAAAACAUCGCGUCACACCAGUACCAGCGCAUUUUCAAAUUCAGAUCUGAAGAACAACAGUGUGCUUUCGUUAUCCUCGGACUCUGAAGAGGAGUCUUCGGGACCAGAACCUAUUGGACCCCAUGGUAUCUUGCCCAACGACAGAGCAUCACGAGUCCUGAGUGGAAUUUCCACUGCGACACCCGACAGCCGCCGUCCGUCGACACGACAAUCGCUAGCAGCGACGUCCAUGACAUCCAUAACAUCCAAGACAUAUGGAUCGAGGAGAGGAUCUGCUCAAUCCCAUCCUUCCUUCACCAUCCCCGAGUUUGCUGAGUCUCCUUUGCCGAAUACGCGGAUAUCAGGUCCUUGCGCGCAACCCGAGAUUGAUGAUCAUCAUUCCACAAGAUCUCAGUCAUCAGAUAGGCGACAAUGGAGGUCAUCCAGGAAACCAUCCUCAACAGCCUCUAGGAGAUCAUCGACACAUCCAACACCGCCUAUAUCCCCCACUACCGUCGAGUUUCGAGAUCCUUCAGGUCGCAGCAGCCGCUACAUAGCUGUGACUAAACAAGAAGAAGCUCUUCUGGAGGCCUUGCGACAAAAGAGGGCACACAUGCGAGAGAUGAUCAUCGAGGAGCAUGAGACUGCUAAGUCUCCGCCACGUGAACGCCGCAGGACCUCUUCUAGACACGCAGAGGUGCCUUUUGCGAGCACGGUACGUGGUCCGGCAGGUCCAAAAGACCGAGUCCUUCUCUACCUUGACGAUGCUCCCAUGUCCAAAGAGCAUCCUAUCGACACCGCGGAGCCUUCUCCCGAUCUGAGUGAUUUUCUAACCUUCGCCUCGGAUGAAGACUCGACGCCAAGGACGAGCUGGGCGCCGUCCCGAAAAGGCCAACACAGGCCCGACUCAUCUAUCUCUCCUCGGCAGAGACGAAGCUCCAAGAACAGCCCAGUGACGCCUCCGGCAGUUAGGCUGAGCGCUGUUGGCGCAACUGGCGGGCUCAAAGACGUACGGUCCAUGGAUCAGGGAUUAGGUCCGAAAGUGCGAGUUCCUCAUGGUGGAGUCCGGCUUAUGGACGAUGGCAGGUUGGCAAACGCUCAGGACUUCCUGAUGGAUGAAGAAGACGAGAUGGGGAUCCCUUGGGGAGCAUAA